ACUAAGACUUCUCCUCUGCUGCCCAAGCGCUAUGGUGCAGGGAUAGCUGCCGUCUUCAGUCAAACCAAAGCAGGCUCUACAAAGAGAAGGCUGACUCUAGACAGGUGGUAUAUACAUGAUAGUAUAGUAACUGGCCAACUGCUUCUUGUGCUUAUACUUUUUGACUUUUAUUGUGCAUUUUGACUGUUGUAUAUUUUAUAACCUGAUUGUUGAAGUUCUGAAAGAUUUUUAAUGUUAUAUUUCUAUAACUGUUAAAAUGAUGUAUUCUUAAAUGAUGAAGCAAAUUAAGGUGGGAUUUAAGUCUUAAAGGGAUGAAUUAACACAACAAAAACUGAAAUCUAGUUUCCAUUUGUAAACUAGUUAGAAAACAUUUGAGUAUAUGUGUGAAGCUUGGAAUCAAAUGUAAUACUUAGAGAAACUUCCCACUACCAGAUUUCUCAGUACCAUUGCAUGAAGUACUCGAAUGUGAGUUACGGACUACUUAUUACCAGUUCUCUACUUGUUACGAAAGGAGGGGCAGGUGAGGAGGAGGGAGGAGGUUAACCCAAUUGAAAAAUGGUUCAGAUGUUAAAAUAACAUACUUGUGUGCUGAUGCUUGUCGCUUCCAAUACCUGAAAACUGGUGGAUAUCCAGUAUAAUUGUCUUUUGAAAUGUGCAUUUUUACAACAUUAUCUUUUUCUUAAAAUAUUGUGACAAGGAUUCAUUUCCUCAUGUGUCUUGAUUCUGAGCCCACAGGGAAAAUAUGCAGAGGCCAAACUUGGAAGCAGGCAUGUUUUUCAAUUUGGCAAGUUAGAAAAAGGCUGUAUGACUUCCAGAUGUUUGAAGUACCGCUUUUCUUUAUCGCUUCUUUUGCCAAAAGGUUUGUGCUCUCUUUGUAGUAGGACAAGAAAAGUAGGUUUUGAAGUUCCUUUCUCCCAGAAAGAUGAGCUGAUGAGAUGAGCAUUGCUUCUCUGGGGUAGCAGUUGCUCUUUGUAUAAACAAGAAUGUAAGAUAACUGGGGUAGGUGGGAGUUUGAUGCUCUUGGGAUUCAAGUUCCUUUUGUCUGUCCUAUGUAAACUGGUUACAAGUGUCUGGACUGUGGUCUCUGGUUUGGCUGUCUUGGGGGUUAGUGAAUCCUUGUAUACUGGGUACCCACAUGGUUAAUUACUAGUUUCAGAAAGCGUUUUAUUUUGAAGACUUUCUGUUGUGUCUGGUUUUAGCUUUUCCCCAUCUGAUACUUUGCUUGACAUAUAUGCUCAAAAAUCUAGAUCUUUUUAAGCACUUCAGGUUCAGAGGAAGUUACUUAGUGUAUUUGAGAUUUAAAAGAAUAAUGCUUAAGUGUACUGACUGGAAUAUAUGCAAUAUUUUACAGUUUUCUCAUUCUGUGAAUAUUCAUUUUAAGCAACCUUACUGAAAUGGGACAAUUUGGAAACCGUAUUUCAUGUGCCAAAGAGGAGAUCUGCCUGAAUACUGAGUAUUCUCCUGAACUGAUGUUCCCAAACACCCCGAUUUCUUCUAUGGCUGUUUUUUGCAUCAAAAAGAAUUCUGUUCUGGAUGGAAAAUAAUGCUUCCGAAAGAAGAGGGACCCCUUAAAUCUCCAGUUGGAAGUUAACGUGUGUUCAAGCGGACUGCAUUUUCAUGGGAGAACUACUACAGGAGCUGCAGCUUUCAGCAAACCAUCUGGGUUCAGUUCUGUUGCAGAGAAACAUGUGAACCUAAAAGUCUAUAACUGAGUACUUCAGAUUAUAUUGAAUUACAUGAAUGAUAGCCUGAGAACAGAUGUCUUUGUAAGAUUCCAGCCAGAAAGCAUUGCCUGUGCAUGUAUUUACCUUGCAGCUAGGACGCUGGAGAUUCCACUUCCUAAUCGUCCACACUGGUUUUUACUCUUCGGAGCAACAGAGGAGGAGAUUCAAGAAAUCUGCUUAAAAAUUCUGCAGCUCUAUACUCGGAAAAAGGUUGAUUUAUCUGAUCUGGAAAGUAAAGUAGAAAAGAAGAAAUUAGCUAUCGAAGAGGCAAAAGCACAAGCUAAAGGUCUAGUACCUGAGGGAGCCCCAAGUUUGGAUAACACAUCAGGAUUUUCCCCUGUCCCAAAAAAUGAGUCUCCAAAAGAGGUUAAAGGAAAUAAACCUUCACCGCUACCUGUUCAGGCGAUGAAGAAUGCUAAAAGGAAAACAGAGGGAGCAAAAAGAAUGAGUUCAAAUAGCCCAGUAAACGGCAUUCAGAAAGGAAGAGAAAGCAGAAGUCGAAGUGGAAGUCGAGAUCAAAGUUAUUCAAGAUCACCAUCCAGAUCUGCAUCCCCUAAGCACAGGAAAAGCGAAAGUUACUCCACAUCAAGCGGCUCCAAAUCCCACAGCCGUUCUAGGAGCCGCAGUGACUCUCCUCCGAGACAGUUCAACCACAGUUCUAGCUACAAAGGUUCCAAGGUGAGAAGUUACAAGAAAUCAAAAGACUACAAAUACUCAACACACAAACCACGGAAAUCACGCAGCAGGAGUUCGUCACGUUCCAGGAGCCGAUCCCGGGAGCGCUCUGACCAUUCGGGGAAGUACAAGAAGAAGAGUCACUACUAUAGAAAUCAUAGGCAUGAGCGUUCGCGCUCCUAUGAGCGAGCAAGUCAUCGCUAUGACCGAGACCAUCCUGGCCACAGCAGGCAUAGGCGAUGAAUAAAGCAAAGAGUUCUUUCCUUUGGAAUUUAAGCAGUGGAGCUCUUCCCCAUUUGGUCUUUGCAGUAUAGGGUUAACCUGGCUUGUAAACCACUUAGCUUGAGUAAUGUCCAUUCUGCUGGCAAUUCUGUACUUCCUAUCAUGAAUCCAAAGGAAAGAUACUAAGAGGACAGGAUGAUGUGAAAGACUUAAUCUGAUAAAUGUCUUGGUGACUGUUGUGCUGGAGUGUCACCUAAUAACUGCAGAACUUGUCUCUGGAUGCUCCUAUGCCUGCUCUUUAGUAAUUUGCAUACCGUAGUGCAGUGGAGUGUUAUUUGGGACUUCCAGUUCUGCAAGCAGGACCUCCAUUGCUCAGUAGUUGGAAUGCUGUGCUGAACAGUCCUUCCCUGUGGAACUAGAAGGCUCAAGACAGUUCAUAAAAACCAUUGGAGUGGCUUGGUGCUAACAAAGCUGUCUUUUCAUACUGACUCAAUUAUGUUGUACAAAUGUAAGGUGACUUUUUUAGAACUGUUGCCUAUAUUAGGUUAUAUAUGUGUAUAUAUAUUUUGCAGUGUUACAGUACAGUAUGGGAAUAUGGCCUUACUAGCCUUUACACUUUAUCCACAAUGUAAAUAAGCAUUUGUUUAAUACAGGUGGAAGAUAUAUACAGAAAAUUCAAAACUUGAAUUCUAUCAAAAGACUUGUGUAGAAAAUUCUGAUAAAUGUGAAAGUAUUUAGCUCUGUGUAUUGAGAGUAGUAUAUUUUUAUCUGUGCAAUGCUGUGUGCAGGCCACCAGCUCAUAAGACAUUUCCUAUAUAUACAUUUUAAGUGGUUUGAAAUUCUUUACUCAGGAUCUUUGACACUCUGAAGAAUUAGUAGUUUGUCAAUCUGCAUGCUUGUUGAAGAACAGAGCAUUUAA